GUUUUUUCGGUCCGAGGAAAAGGAGGUAGGAGAUUGUGAUGGAGAAAGGGGGUCUGUAAAACGUCAGGCGCCGCACAAAGGCUUUGCCACGUAAUUACAGGCUCCUAUUAAGUGGAGAUCUGCCCUCCCAGGGGUCUCCAAUUUUCUUGUAUUCCCUACAAAGCCUCCUCUCCAUGCCAGUCUGUGCCUUUUGAAGUGCCAGAGAGCUUCUUGAUCCAACUGAGAAGGGAAAAGGAGCUCCGCGCGGAGAAGGGGGAGAGAGCGGAGGCAAGGGGGACCGCCACCCUUCUGCAAACUCUUGAAGCCCCGUUUCUUUAUUUCUUUUUUUUUCCCUCCUUACGAAGAGUAAAGUGAGAAUCCUGCUCUCUAAUACAUCUGCAAGACAUCACUCUCCUGAAAUUCUAGUCACUCCCGAGAAUCCACAGGAGUGCAGAGAGGGGGAACGCGCUUUCUUGAAGACGUUUUAAAGCUGGAACAAGCCUCCUUCUGUUGGUGCUUGAACUCUUGCCGGGGAAUAACUUUUUUUAACCUCUUUCUCUACUUUUUUUUUUUAAGCCACUUUGAUUCUUCUCUCCACCCCUUCUUCUCUCUUCUGUUUGCCUAACUCCCCCGCCCCGCCGGCCUCUCCUUUCCUCUCUCCCCCUUAUUAUUACUUUUAGUGUCUGCGAGUGGACGCUUUUUGAGAGUUGGAAGGGAUAUUUUUUUUCUUUCUGAUCUAAGCAUAGGUUGUUUGUUUUGUUUUUAUUUUUAAACUUUUUGGUGUGGAUUAUCUCUCUGGACCGCGCUGGACUUGGCUUCAGCAAAGUAACCGAGGCUGCGGGGAAAGUUACUUGUCCCGAAAGUUCUACACUUCAGAAGGGGUUCCCGCCCUCUGUUUCUCUUUCUCUCUCUCUCUCUCUCUCUCUCUCUCUCUCUCUCUCUCUCUCUCUCUCUCUCUCUCUCUCUCCACUCCCCCCUCUUUCUUCCCCACUCGGCUCCUCUCCCCCCUCACGCCCACAGCGUUUGGUGUUGAUUCGAGCGGGAAGAGGGGGGUGGGUGGGAUUGGAGGGGAGACCAUGACCUCCAGCUACGGGCACGUUCUGGAGCGGCAACCGGCGCUGGGCGGCCGCUUGGACAGCCCGGGCAACCUCGACACCCUGCAGGCGAAAAAGAACUUCUCCGUCAGUCACCUGCUAGACCUGGAGGAGGCCGGGGACAUGGUGGCGGCACAGGCAGACGAAAGUGUGGGCGAGGCGGGCCGGAGCCUGCUGGAGUCACCGGGACUGACCAGUGGCAGCGACACACCUCAGCAGGACAAUGACCAGUUGAACUCUGAGGAGAAGAAGAAGAGAAAGCAACGGAGAAACAGGACAACGUUCAACAGCAGCCAGCUGCAGGCCUUGGAGCGUGUCUUUGAGCGGACACAUUACCCAGAUGCUUUUGUACGAGAAGAUCUCGCACGUCGGGUGAACCUCACGGAGGCCAGAGUGCAGGUGUGGUUUCAGAACCGAAGAGCCAAGUUCCGCAGGAAUGAGCGAGCCAUGCUGGCCAAUAAAAACGCUUCUCUCCUCAAGUCCUACUCAGGAGACGUGACUGCUGUGGAGCAACCCAUCGUACCUCGUCCUGCUCCCAGACCCACCGAUUAUCUCUCCUGGGGAACAGCCUCUCCGUACAGAUCUUCGUCCCUCCCAAGAUGUUGUUUACACGAGGGGCUUCAUAACGGAUUCUAACGGAAGACACUGAAAAGCGCCAUGGCUACUUAUUCUGCCACAUGUGCCAACAAUAGCCCUGCACAGGGUAUCAACAUGGCCAACAGCAUUGCCAACCUGAGACUGAAGGCCAAGGAAUAUAGUUUACAGAGGAACCAGGUGCCAACAGUCAACUGAGGAAAAAAAAAAUAAUUAAACAGGCCUAAGAAGAAAUCAAAAACCAUAAGACACCUAUCCUGUUCUGUCAUAUCUUCAUCCGCCGGGAAAAAAUAAAAGCAAACAAACAAAGCCAGAACUAAAAUAUUGGGACCAUGGCGGAGCAAAGCAGGAGAGGAACAAAAUGAAAAUUAGUUAACAAAUGGUUCUUCUUGCUCUUGGAUACCUACCAUCACCAUUUGCUUUUGUGUGUGUAUUUUGUUUCUCUUCUAUCCAUACUUAGCUAAUUAUACUCCAGGCUUCUUCUGUUAGAUUCAGCCCACCCAUUCCUAUAAUUGUAUGAGAAUAAAAGAAAUCUGCAGCAGCCAAAGAAACUUACAUAUAUAUGAGAAAGAUCACUUCUCAGUAACCUGCUUGACUUCAGUGCCUUACUCUGUCUCCUUCCAAGUCUAUCUAGGAGAUUUUUGAAAAUCCAAAGUCUUUCUGAAGAGUCUGUGUUAUUGCGUCCAUGUUGUUCAUGGUAAGGUUUUUCGAUCAGCGACAGGAAAAAUAAAUGUACACAUGUUCUGGUCACUGGCCAGUCUGAUCGAUGUGGUUGGUCAUGUCUGGUGAACUCUAAGCUCUAAGCUCUAGGGUAUGAUGUCACCGUUAACCCUACCCAUUACCCAACCCAAACAAUAAAUGAUCCUAAGUUAAAGAUACUUGUUUUUGAACAAUUGCUGUCACUCAUUCUUUGGUAGAAGAAAUCCUUUCAGUAUUAGAGAUGGAAAAAAAAUUUUGUAGGAAGGCAAAUACUGAAUAGUCCAUAUCUCUUUGGUGCCUUAGAGGUGGUCAGAUGCACACUUUUAUAUAUACAUAUAUAUAUAUGCUGUAUAUAUUUAUAUAUAUAUUAUAUAUAAAAUAUUGAAAGCUUGAGUUUGCAGUUUCUCAAACACUAUAAAAGCAAACUCUCUGCCAUCACCACUGUCCUUAUUUACACAAUAAUUAUAUGUUAUUGCAGCAUCUUGCUGUUUUCAUUUUCUAUAAAAAAAAUCCUCAUUAAGGUCAGAGAGCAAUUAGCCAGUCAGCUGUUUGAGAACAGCUUCCAUUUUUACAUUAGCGCUUUAAUGGAAUUAGGAAUUACUUGAUUCUGUAAGAGUUGACCUUGAGUUUGGACUCUUAUCUUGAGUGUAAAGUCUAUAUCCUGAGAAAUAUAGUUGGAAGGAUAAGGGAAGACAGCACUCUUUCUUUACUUCAUAGGAAUAUGAAAGACAAGUAAUAUGUUGAAGUGAAGUGCUUAAAGCUUUGUCUAAAUUAAAAAAAAUACAAUCAUAUUCUUACAUUUUAAUUGUUUUGAAAUGAGGUUUAGCAUCUAGGGUGGGAGGCAGGGCUGGUAUUUCUUCGUUUCUCUUUAUUCCCAGCUAUGCUUUGGCAAUUUUCCUGGUGGACUUGACCAAACCACGUUGCCAUGCUGUGUCUAGUUUACCUGUUUAUAAAAUGGUUUGACAAUUCCUACCUCACAGGGAUGUUGUGAGGCUACAUCCAUUUGUUCUCUCUCUCUCUCUCUCUCUCUCUCUCUCUCUCUCUCUCUCUCUCUCCCUUUCCUCCCUCCCUCUCCUUCCUUCCUUCCUUCCUUCCUUCCUUGUUCUUUGUUUGUCCAGCACUUUGUAGCCGGGAAAGGAGAAGGGACAUUAAGAGCAUACAAUAUUCAUGGAUUAACACGGUAUUUGAAAGCUUUGUUUUCUAGUAAGGAAAUGGUACCUGGCUGUACAUAAAUAUAACCUUGUAUUUGGAAAUGAUAAAUAGGUUUAUAUUUUCCAAUAUCUCAAUGAUAACAUCAUUUGACCAAAGAAUAAUUUAAGGCACAAAGUAUAGAGUUAUUUUUUAACUUAUAUUUUCAUCAACAGCUCGAUUUUAAUAACCAUAGUUCUCAGUGAAUAAAAAUCUUCAGAGUGAUUUUGGCCAAAUAUGUCAACAUUGCAAUAUGUGUGACAGUCAAAGUAUUUGGGGUAUAAGAUUCACUUUUAGCACACACUUGUAUUUCCCUUGGCAUAUCUGGUGGUGUUAAUGGUGAUUUUUUUCCCAGUCUAACAGGCACCCAUCUGAAAAUAUAUUUCAAGUGAUUUUGUACUUUGUUCAAUAGUAAGAAGGAAGAUCAUCUUGUGUACUUUGAUCUCAUGAAGUGAUUCCUUCUCAACAACUACUAUUAAAACAUUUCUUUCAGAAUAGUUUAUGUGGUCUGGCUUAAUAUACAUUACUUGUUUUUAUCUCCACUCAUGUAUUUGUCCCGUUGAUUGUGUUAUCCAGUUUCAAAAAAACAGUACAUCCUUAUUGUAAAAAUGUUCUUUGAUUUGUAAGUGAGUACAGGUCCAAGAGACUAGUAAACUUUGGGAAUUUAGAGUUUGCAGAGAAUAGCUAUAAGAUUUGGAUUAUAGGCAAGGAAGAGAAAUUAUAAAUGAAAAGUGUUUUCUAAGGAGAGCAGAAUCUUGGAAGGCAGUUGUUUGAAGUCAUUUGAAACCUUCAUCCUGCCAUCCAUUUCUAGUGGACAUCAACAAACCUGAUCCCAUAAACUCAAAGGAGGAAGUGAGAUGUUGUAUCUGAUGCUUUGUACAAGCAGCAUCUUGGAAUUUCACAGAAUAACCCCUGCUAGUUAAUCAUAGGAAUACCUGCAGCUGGUAGACCCAUAGUACAACAACUUUAUCUGAGCAAUUACCAGGAAAUACACCUGAAGCACUGAUGCUCAAUUUUGUUCAUUUAUGGUAAACUUUUUAAAAGAAUAUAAGUUUAACAAGUGAUUUGGAGGAUUAGAUAUCUAGCUUGUAAGUCAAUUGCCAGAGGAGUGUCUCAGUGCCAGGCUCAAGGCGUACACCUACUGCUCUCCAUCAAUAUACCCAGAUGAAGGCGUUAGAACUAUCAAUGUCCACAAUCCCUUACCAAACAAGAGGCCAAUUAGUACAGUACAUGGGAGGUUAAAUUAAACAAGAAGUAAUGACCUAAUUAGAAAAAAGGGAAUGACAUAUGGUGAUAAAGAUCUCAUGAGAAAUGUAAUAUGUAAAUUAUAUCUUGCUUUAUGAUGUAAAAUAUACAUUGUUUGUGCUAGAAUAGAAAUGAUUUCUUUUCAAUAAAAUGAAAGACUGAUAA